CCUGCCAUCUAGCGUAACAACCAAAACAUGUACGUGGUUCUGGUGUGAAAAACGAUAAAGAUGGAUGAAGCUGUAACCCUCCUUGGCUUAUCUUUUGCUAUGCUCGUAGGAUGUUACUUAGCUGGCGUUAUACCCCUAACAAUAACGUUAUCUGAGGAAAAGUUGAAAAUGGUGACUGUCCUGGGAGCUGGUUUGUUGGUCGGCACUGCCCUUGCUGUCAUCAUUCCAGAGGGUGUCCAUGCCAUGUACUCUAAUGGAAAAGACCAUGAAGGGCACAGCCAUCAGUUAAAGGAAAUUGAACACAAAGAAAAUGAGGUAGUGAACGCGGUCGGUUCGUUAGCGGGAAACGAUGAUGCUGCGACAGCAGAUCUCCACCGCGACCACCAUCAUGACAUGGGAGAGGAGCACUCCAAGAUCGGCAUCAGUCUCGUCACAGGGUUCAUCUUCAUGCUGCUCGUUGACCAGAUUGGGGGCAACAUGCACUCGCACUCCGUCAGCAACGACGCUGAGGCCACGGGAACUGUCCAGAACCGUAACAAAAUUACAGCCACGCUGGGCCUGGUGGUGCAUGCUGCUGCUGAUGGCAUUGCCCUGGGUGCUGCAAUUACUUUGUCAGAGAAUCACAUCACCAUGAUUGUUUUUGCUGCUAUCAUGUUACAUAAGGCUCCAGCUGCUUUUGGUCUCGUUUCCUUUUUGCUCCACGAAGGUCUUGACCGGGCGAGGAUACGAAAACAUUUGGCUGUGUUCUCCGCAUCCGCUCCAUUGUUGGCCAUCAUCACAUAUCUGAGUCUCAGUCAGCAAAACAAAGAGACGCUGUCGGACAUGCACACCACUGGGAUUGCCAUGCUGUUCAGCGCAGGCACCUUCCUGUACGUGGCCACGGUGCACGUGUUGCCGGAGAUCUCCACCAGCCACACGCAACACAAGGCGCCAGACGGCACCGUUAUCGUACGGGAACAGAAAGGUUUUAAAAAAUCGGAGCUGGCCGCUCUAGUUGUAGGCUCUUUGCUUCCGGUAGUUUUAGCCAUGGGCCACAAACACUGAUGUGAUAUUUACUGAAUUAAAAAA